CACCACUCACCACCCAUCACUCACCACUCCAUUCCUGUUCAUUUCGAUCAUCUCCACACGACUACACUCGAUUCUCGUCCACAUCAUCCUGCUCUAGCAUCAGCUUGCACGAUCGGAAUCAGACUUUGGGCAGCACACCAUCGCGCAGGAUGGAUCAGGAUGUGGUCCGCAGGUGGUUGAGGCAAGUCAGCAGCUUGUAUCCCAACGCCUCUCGAAUCUACACCGACGUAGAUGCGCUGCUGCUUCAUCAACCCUCCUUGCGUCCAAGCACGUCCGAAUACAUUUCAGACGUAGGUCAGGCUUCCCUCUUGCUCAACCUGAAAGGCACAAUUCCCAUCCUAUUCAAAGGUCAAACGUAUCACAUUCCCCUCAUCAUUUGGAUUCCUAGAGCGUAUCCUAGGGAAGCUCCUUUGGUCUUUGUAACGCCGACGAGGGAUAUGCUCGUCAGAAAGGGCGAACAUGUGGAUCUGAGCGGAAAGACUUCGGGCGAGUGGCUGAGCAUGUGGGAGAAGAAGUGGGAGGCCUGCAAUUUGGUCAACAUGGUACAAUCUCUGCAACAACAAUUUGGACAAAUGCCACCCGUGUAUGCUCGACCCGCAUCAGAGGCGCAUCAAGCGAGUCGGAGCGGGACCGGGACAGCAUUAGAGAGCGGAGAAGCUUCUUCUAGUCGAAAUUCUCCAUCGACGUCCGACUUUUUCCGAUCCUCUCCUGCUCCCUACGCAUCUCCUGCCACGACUAUUGCCGCAUCUUCAUCGGCCUCUGGCUCGCGAGAAGAAAGUCGAGCACCUGCCAGACCUCCCAAACCCGAUGCUGACUCGGGAUACGCAUCGAGGGACCCUGCCUCAUUUGUAUCCGCUACGGGUACGACCCAAUCGCACAGAUGGUCUGCUUCGUACGCACCACAAACUCAGCUCCCUGCUCGACCAAAUGUGACGUCGCCUUUGAGCACGAAUAGACCUGCUUCUUUUCACGCGAGCGACGCCGCUCCUCCGUCUUUUAGUCCUGCCCAUCCAUACUCGUCGCCGCGAGCGCACCCACGCCCGCACGAGCACAUCUCAUCGACAGGUGCGCCGCCUCAUCCAAGUUCGACUGGUCCAGCACAGCAAGCGGAUGGGAGGAGAGCGUCGAGCGGGAGAGAGAUACCUGCUUCGCAUGCGCAUUUUUCGCCUUCGUACCACCACCCCGCUCAGAGCGCAGCGGAGGCUGCGAGGAUCGGGCCAUAUGAUGCUGGACAACAGUCACAAGCGCAUCAUGCAUAUCAGCAAGCGCAGCAGGGAAGAGCAGAUAGCACAGGUAGCAGUGCACCUCCGCCUUUGCCGCCACACGCACCUCAUCAGUAUGGCACUCCGGGCGCAGGACGAGGCGACACCUUGAAGCAGCCCAAUGCCGAUUCGUACGUCGCUGCAGGCGCAAAUGGAGUCGCACCUCCCUUACCCCCCAAUCCCGAGCUGCUCUCAUUACGUCAAGCGCUGCACUCCAAACUUUCCUUGCACAUCACCACCGAGCUCAACAACUCUUUGCAGCGCAAAGCCCAAUUGGAAAUGCUCCUUGCGGAUCUGCAAAGGGGCGCUCCUGCCAUUCACGACGAGAUGGAGAGGUUGAGAGCGGUUAGGGAUGUGGUCAGGAGCACUUUGAGCGGAUUACAGGAGAGCAGGGAUAGGACCGUUGCUAGGACCCUGGAGGUGGAGAAACGACCUGCGGUGCAUGAGGAGGAGAUCGUUUGCGCUACUAGUAUUGUGGGCAACCAAUUGCUCAAUUUGACAGCGGACGAUAAUGCGAUAGAAGAUACGCUGUAUCAUCUGGGCAGAGCAUUGGGAGCGGGAACGGAACAACUGGACUUGGACAAGUACCUCAAACAGACGCGCUUCUUGGCGCGCGAACAAUUCUUCAAGAGGGCGUUGGCGGGCAGGAUCUGUACGAGUAUGGGGUGGGAAUGAUGACGAGCUAAAAGUUCUAGGGGUGGGAAGAGAGGAGGAGGCGCGAGAGAGAGAGGGGGGGGAAAGAUUUAGGGAUGGG